AUGCCUGAGUACGCCGAACUGACUGGGUCUCUACAGAAUCAGAUUCUUGCUUGCAGCGUGCCUCUCCGGGAUGUGUCUGAGCUGGCGGGAGUCCCGGAAGCGCAGCUUUCUCGAAUUGUGCGGAUGACGGCUGCGGCCGGAUUUCUCCAUGAGCCUCAGGCGGGCCACGUUGCACACACUGCCUUGUCAGCGCAGUUCGUCGUCAAGCCGUCGUACCUAGACGCAGCCAUGUUUCUCGCUGAAACGGCAGCACCUUCAGCAUUGAAAAUGCCAGCAGCCACUCAGCGCUUUGGCAACUCACAUCAGGCCACCGACAGUGCUUACAACCUGGCAUUCAACACCGAUACUACCUUUACCAGCAGUUGUGAGCAGCGGAAGAAGCUGCAGCGACAAUGGUCAGCUUACCUCCGCUAUGGUACAGACCAAUGGGAGGACGGUGGAUGCCAGGUUUUGAAGUCGUUUGAUCCGCUUCGCCUCGCCAGGGUUUCUGUAGUAGAGGUGGGUGCGACGUCAACCGAAACAGCUGCUGCCCUUCUGAACAUCAACUCGACACUUCACUUGACCAUACAAGUAUGCCCGGGCAAAGCCUCAACAAACGGCUCCAGCGUGCUUGAUGAGCGGUACCUGAUCAACCCCCGCAUCUCGAUACAGCAACGACUCCCCGGAACCCCCCAAACGGUCCGCGAUGCAUCCGUCUACAUUCUGCAUCUCCCCUCAGCCCUGUGCAACAUGGCGUCCAAUGCGCGAGCUGCGCACAUCGCGGCUGAGAUAAGCGCGCACGUGGACGUGCUGCGCGCAAACACCUCCGCAGCCCUUCUCGUCCUCACUUCCCAUCUGAUCCCGGAUCCUGGCACUGUCGACCCGGGCGUUGAGUCAGCGGCACGGCGGCGCGACCUCUCCCUCUUCCAACUGAUGAACGAUUGCGAGAUGGAAAUGUCCGAGUUCACCAACAUGCUGAAUGGCAGCAGUGAUAGCGUGGGCCGGUUGGUUGUGGUGAAUACGCUUCGUUCAUCAAGUGGUGCGCCGGUUGCGUUGGAGUUGCGAUACCGAUUGUACACUGGUUAG